AUGUCGUCCAAGUCACAACUGCCUUAUGCUACUCGCGCGACCAGCCACCCCAAUCCCCUCGCUCGGAAGCUCUUCGAGGUUGCUGAAGCCAAGAAGAGUAACGUGACGGUUUCUGCCGAUGUCACCACCACCAAGGAGCUUCUCGACCUAGCCGACCGUCUCGGUCCCCACAUCGCCGUGAUCAAGACUCAUAUCGACAUUCUCUCCGAUUUCAGCUCCGAGACCAUCGAUGGCUUGAACGCCCUUGCCGAGAAGCACAACUUCCUCAUCUUCGAAGACCGCAAGUUCAUCGAUAUCGGCAACACCGUCCAGAAGCAGUACCACGGCGGUACCCUGAAGAUCUCCGAAUGGGCACACAUCAUCAACUGCGCCGUUCUACCUGGCGAGGGUAUCGUCGAGGCUCUGGCUCAAACCGCCCAGGCCGAUGACUUCCCCCACGGCCCAGAGCGCGGUCUUCUGAUUCUCGCAGAGAUGACCUCCAAGGGAUCUCUCGCAACUGGCGCCUACACAUCUGCCUCAGUAGACUACGCGCGAAAGUACCAGAGCUUUGUUCUGGGCUUCGUUUCAACCCGGUCAUUGGACGACGUUCCCUCCUCCGUCAACGCCGCUGAUAACGAGGACUUUGUUGUCUUCACAACCGGCAUCAACCUGUCUUCCAAGGGAGACAAGCUGGGCCAACAGUAUCAAACACCGCAGUCGGCUAUUGGUCGUGGUGCGGACUUUAUCAUUGCGGGGCGUGGUAUCUACGCGGCCGCGGAUCCUGUUGAGGCUGCCAAGCAAUACCAGCAACAGGGCUGGGAAGCCUAUCUGGCUCGUAUUGGUGGCGCUAGCCAAUAA